AUGGAAUAUGCGUUUAUGUUGUUACGGCCAGUAUUGAAUUAUAAGCUGAAACAAUAUACGGACGAAUCAUCAUCAAUGGAUGUUGAUAGUGAAAAAGUAAUAUGGCAACCUCCAUUAUCCAAUAUAAUUGAACAAGUUAAAACCACUUUACCUUCAUAUGUAUGGAACGGAAUUAGUCCACAAUUCUUUAUUACUUUCUGGCAAAUGUCUUUGUACGAUUUGGAGUUUCCGCAAGAAGAAUAUCGAAAGGCUAAAAAUGAAUUAUUAGACUCUGCUAAUGGUGACAAGGUUCGAGAUAAAUCAAAGAUUAUCGAUGCAGCCAGACAAAUAGACAAAGACAUGCGGAAGCAUGAACAACACAUUAAAAAUGUUAAAAACCGAUUAAGAAUCGAGAAAGACCAUUGGUUCUCCGGACAAUUUACUAAUCGUCAAGACAUUAUUACGCAAUUUUGGCAAUAUUGCCUUUUUCCACGGUUAAUCACUAGCGCUGAUAAUGCUGUAUUUUGUGCAAAGUUUAUUGAAACAAUGCAUGAAAUAGGCACUGUUAAUUUUUCAACGCUUACACUAUAUGACCGGAUUUUUGCGGACCAAGUACAACCUUUGGUAUUUACAUGUUCUGAAUCUGAGGCUCGAAACUAUGGCACUUUUCUUCAAACUAUUUUAGCGUCUCUUAGUAAACUACAUAAAAACCCACAGGAAUAUGAAAAUCGAGGUAAAGGUUCUGGAAUUCCUGGAUUUCAAAUGAAAUGGUCCGCACAUAAUCGCCAACCAGCCAGUAUUUCCGAAAAUGAUUUACUACGAUAUGAAGAGUUUAGACUUGUAUAUUAUAAAUGGCAUUCAAGGCUUCUUAGGGCUUUUGAGCAAAACCUUCAAUCUAUGGA